CAAUAGUGAACGAUGUGAAUGUACGAAGGAACGUCACGGCUUCGUAUCAACUGCUGCUGAAACUACUCGGACAUCUUUAUUUGAUUUUGGGGAUAGCUUCCACUUCACUGGCCCCUCUUCGGAGGUGGCACAGCGGCCAUGAAUGUACAGUGGAUGCUUGAAUCUCGUGGGAUCUUUUCCGAUAUUCCUCCGGAUGCCCGGACCAAGGAGCAAAACAAUCCCACUCUGCUCGUGAGCUGGUGGGCUACUGCCUUUUCAGUAGCCAUCAUCGUUGUCCGGGUUUGCGGUCGCUAUAUUCGGACUGAGCGUUUCUUCCGCGAAGAUAAGGUGAUGAUGGCGAGUAUCAUCCCGCUAUUAAUCCGCAUGGCAUGCGUGCAUGUCGUUCUAAUCUGGGGUACCAAUAAUACCAAGACCGUGGGCUUGUCUGCCGAAGACAUUGAUCAUCGAGUCAUUGGCAGUAAAUUCGUUCUUGUGGCGCGCAUCUUCUAUGCUAUCUUCAUCUGGAUAGCCAAGUUCACAGUAUGCGAGUUCCUCAAGCGAGUGGCAGGCAAGAUCUGGCGACGAUCCCUCCGAAUAUUCCUCAAAUUCAUCUACUACUUCCUGGCAUCGACAUUGUUGGCAGUGAUUAUUGCUACUCUCGCUGAAUGCCAGCCCUUCGACCAUUACUGGCAAGUUGUACCUGACCCAGGUCCAAAAUGUCGCCUCGGCUAUGCCAACCUGAUCACAAUGGGGUCCUGUGACGUGAUGACUGAUUUGCUUCUCGUCUCCUUCCCGAUUCCAUUCAUCGUGAUGACUCACAUGCCUCUGAAACGCAAAGUCUCCCUCGUGAUCCUGUUCGCUCUGUCUCUGAUUCUAGUCGGAAUCACAUGCUAUCGAGUGCCCUCAGUCAUCUGGAACGAUGGGUCACAACAAUACCGCUCGCUCGUCGCAUCUUUGGAAAUCUUAGCCGCCACGGCGGUCUCGAACGCUGUCAUCAUAGGCUCAUUCGUGCGUGACAGGGGUGCGAAGAAGAAUAAGUUCAAAAAGGCUCAAGGAUCAGCCUCCGUCAGUGAAAGCAUGGAUCACAGCUCCGUGCGUCGUCAGACAAUCACCCAUCAUCAGUGGGGAAGUGAUUCCGAUCUCGCUGCAGAUCUGGGUAUCCGACUGGACCCGUCACUAUGCUCUGCAGAUACCAAGACACCCCGUCCUGCACCCAUCGCGAUGCCCAUCCAUCCACUGACAGCCCGCGCCGGCACCUUAGACCCCAACUGGUCCUUCAACCAGCGCUCCGGCGGCAGUGAAGACGACCGGGCCUCCAGCACGGGCAGCUUAGACAUCAAAGUCAGUCCGCACGAGUACAUCGAAACCAACAAGACACCGCGCAAAUCCUCCUCGACAGAUACCACCAACCUUCGUAUCUUCGACGUCGGUAGUCUUCUCAACAAUCCUACCCCGACCUCUCCCACCAGUGCCCCAACUCCACAAUAUUCACGUUAUGCCAGCAGGGCAAGCAACGCCUCCACGCAGGACAUUGGAGGAUCAGCCCGAACACUUCAUCUCAAUACUACCUCCUCAUCCAUCCUGUCCCACCAACUCCCUUUACCCUCAUCACCCAGCUUCUCCCGCCCUGGAGGCCUGCGCAGUAACUCCCAUUCGUCUUCCAAUCGCCGUCGCGGCUCCAGUGUCCACUUCAGUGAUCCUCCCGAAUCACCGGUCCCUUCCUAUCGCUCACGGGCUGAUGUGUCAGCGCCUAUCAUUGAAGGGAACGAGGUUGAGCUCCAGGAUGUGGGGAGAUUGCUGUCCAGACGGUGAUUGGUUGCGACUGGCCUGGGAUGCUCCGAAUGAUUUGACGAUUGAUCACGACGUGCUACGUAUAUGGAUGAGUAUAUGACUUGUA